AUGUUGGAGCAUACAAAUCCAGGAGCGAUUACAAAGUUGCACAAAUUAGGAGAUGGAUGCUUUCUUUAUGCAUAUGUUUCGCUCUAUGCAUAUAUCAAGGGUUGGGAGCAUUGCAGGCUGAUAGUGGUUGUUGACGGAAGUUUCCUUAAAGCAGCAUAUAAGGGUACCAUAUUGACUGCUUGCACACACAAUGGAGCUGAAAAAAUCCUUCCACUUGCAUAUGCAAUUGUAGAUUCAGAGAAUAGUAAAUAUUGGGAGUGGUUCUUCGUCCAGAUAAAUGGUACUUUUGGUGUUAGGGAAGGGAUGUGUAUAGUUUCAGAUAGAAAUGAAAGCAUCUUCAAUGCCACAAAAGCUGUGUACCCUGAAGUUCCACAUUGUAUUUGCAUGUUUCACUUGUGGCAGAAUGUCAAGCGCACAAUCAAGAAACAUCACAAACAAUUGAAGGAUAUCUUCUUCGCUUUGGCUAGAGCUUACACGAUUGAGAAGUUUGACUACCAUAUGACAAAGAUGUGCAAAAUUGAUCUGAGGGUGCAGCUUUACUUGUUCGAAAUAGGUUACGAAAGGUGGUCUAGGGCAUACUCCAAAGUGAAAAGGUCGAUGGUAAUGACUUCCAAUAUUGCAAAGUCAAUUAAUGCAGCAAACAAAGAUGCUAGAGAGCUACCAAUGAUGCGAUUGCUGGAGUAA